GAAGAGGGCAGCAGCGUGGCAAAAGUAGUGAUGACGGCUACUUUAGCUUCAGCGGAAGUGGAAAAUGCAGACGGAGAGAACAAAAAAUAUUUGUUUGUUUUAAUGUUUUAGCAUUAAAUGUUUCUAUUUGCACCAUGGCUCUGGUUCCGUACGUAGAGAACGUGGUACCUGCUCUUUCCAAACUUCAAAAUUCAUCAGUGCGUUUUCAUUUUGCCAGCCAUGAUAUCCGCAUAGCUCAGGACUGGAGGACGCAUGGAGUAGCAGCGGUUGUAUGGGACGCGGCUGUUGUCAUGUGUAUGUACUUGGAGUUGGGCCAGGUCGAACUCAAGGGCAAGGUUUCGAUUGAGCUGGGAGCUGGCACUGGACUGGUCGGCAUCGUCGCAGCCCUGCUGGGUUCCAAAGUGACAAUCACUGACAGGAAGUCUGCACUGGACUUCCUUUCUGCCAAUGUCAAAGCUAACCUGCCCUCUGACCUCUGGGAAUCUGUGGCCAUGUCUGAGCUGUCUUGGGGCGAGGGUCUUGACCGCUACCCAGCAGGGGGAUUCGACUUGGUCUUAGGAGCAGACAUAGUUUACCUGGAGGACACAUUUGUGCCGCUGAUAGAGACGCUUCAGCACCUGUGUGCAGAUGCUACUGUGGUGCUCCUGGCAUGCAGGAUCCGCUAUGAACGAGAUACCAAUUUUUUAUACAUGCUGAGGCAGCAGUUCACUGUUGAGAAGGUUUACUAUGACAAACAAAGGGACAUUCAUAUAUACAAAGCUUGGAAACAACUGCCCAGGAGUGAUUUAUGAUUUCUUUUUCAAAGACUUGAUAUCUAAAUAAAUGUCUCGAUUUUAAAGCCAAGCUUACCAGAAACACAUUAACAGCUGCCAAAAUGUAACAGCUCUAACAUAAUGUAUCAUACAAAUUGGUGCACACAUUAAGAAAAUUAAUGAAAAGCCACAUCAAAGAUAACAAGACUCACUAUACAGCCGAAGAAUAAAAUAUGGUAUUCUAUCA